AUGGAGUCGUCCGACUCGUCCGGCUUCAGAAGCAGCAUCUCCAACUCCGAAGCCGAACAAACAAAGCCGCUGCUUCGGAUUGGCGAUGAAUUUGCAACGAGCUUGGCCUGUAAUCGAGUGAGUUUUGCUUUAAAUGUUUUUCUGGGUUACUUUACGCUUAUUGUCUUAUAUUAACGGGAUAUUAUUGCUAUAAUGUCAUCAAAACAAGAUGUUAUCAUAGUUAAAAUAUAAGUUUUGACCACUUUAUUUCAAAACUUCUGUUGUUUGUGACGUUAAUACGAACACUUUUGUUCGAUUUCUCUACAAAUCUACUGCGGAGUAAUCUAUUGUACUUUGGAAAGUACAAGAACACGAGAUGUCGGUUUUGUAAGAAGUAUUGGCAUGACCUAGGUCUUUGUUUCCUUGAUUUACAACAAAUUAUAAUAUAAUUGAUAGCUUAGCAUAAAUUACGCAUUAAGUCAUGACAGUAAGGCUUUUAAACAUUUUUAACGAUAAUUGUUACUGCCAGAAGGCUGUGGCAGAAACGCGCUACAUCCUUUGCGACUCUGAGAAGCCUGUAGCAUACUUCUGAUUCUUCUUACUCCGGAUUCCGAAAUGAAAAUUAGGUGUUGUUACAGAGGGAGUUUCAUUGUUGGUCAUUCUUUCCAGUAGUUGUGAGUGUUUUCUGUAGAAUGGUCGACAGUUUUAGCGUUAACUUUUGUCUCAAAGAAGGGUGGAGAUGUGCCAAAGUAAGUCAAGUUUUUAUAUUUUAAAAUUUAUGGCAGAAAUUACGCAUUACUUUAGUUUUACCGUACUUCGUAGCCAUAAUAUGUAAUGUUAUUCUUCUUAAAAUUCAUUUUUUAUAUUGUUUUUGCCAUUUGUCAGUCUUGGAAUUUAAAUUCUUGUUUUUCCCGGUCGUUGGCGUUGUGUUAUCGGAGAAUAUAGAAUUUUUAUUUUAAAUUUUGUCAAAAAGUCGAUUUUUCUUAAAAAUUCUUUGGAACACGAGCAAUAUUUUGUUACCUUUUGUUCGCACUUGCUCUGAAGGAUAAUGCUCAACAGUGAUAUAUUAAUAUUACACUAAACAGCUUCUUAAUCACGCCAAUAAAAUUCAUAUUCGCUUUUAAUAUUCAGAUACCAAGAUUAUCGAUAUCAAAGACUUUAAAAUCUCGAAAAGAUUACGCAAGGUUGUUUUGUUAUAAUAAUCACCCCUUCGAUCAGUCUCUCAGCCAUUCAGAUCAUCGCCGUGAUAACAACCCUGUAUUCUUUCGGCUGGAGUAAUGUAAUUCUUUUUCGACCCAUUAAGUGGGUUUCGCGAUUCCUUCCGGCUGGUUGAAAUGAGACUUGCAAGUUACUCUCGCUGAGGUAUUAUAUAGGAGGAGGAGGUAUCGUUGUUUCAUUUUUCGUUCAGAAUUACCUUUUGUUCUUUGAUGGUUGUUCUUUAGGUAACAGGCUUACCUUUUCGUUUGAUAUUGAUCUAGGGUAUUUUGGACUUGUUUUUAUGAGAAUCUUAUGUUUCUCCCUCAAAAGAAGGCUAUUUAAAUGUUUUAAAAUAGUUUUGAGAUUUAAAAAUCAGGGUUUUGAGUUUUUUUUUAUUUCUUUAAACCUGUGAACCGUUACCUCCGUCUUUCGACACUAAAGACAGCUUAUUACUGUACUUUCGGCCUCAAAAAAACCUAUUUCUUUACUUGUUUUGGUUUCGAAGCCGAGAACCAGGCGUGAAUCCGAUGCCAUCGAGAUUAAUUAAUCUCCGCCGACUCGUUCCAACUUUCCUGCAGGGGGUCCGAAAUGAGAGGCGAAUCUAAGGUCAUCUUCUUCAUGGUAAAAGAGAAGCGCGAGGUGUCGUCUCCCUCGAUCCAUCCCGCGCCCAUCCCCAUAUCCCCCUGAAUAACCUCGGAAUUAUCUGAUUAGGGCCCUUCAGGUGGCUUUUGUCUCCUGAUUAAGAGGCUGUUGAUUAAGAGCGGUUCGAGUUAUUGUUUUAAGUGUCACUUUGACUGUUUUUGUUUCGUCAGCUGGCGGCCUCGUCUUCUGAUCGCUUUUUGAAACGUUUUCGCUUUCUCCGAACAAAACAAUAUUAUUAUGUCUUCAGUAUUCCAUGGGUGUGGAGCCGGACAAAGCCUCCGAUGAACGGUCCGACGUCCCGGCGGAACGGUGCUGUUUGGGGCUGAUGCACGUCAAGACGGGAGCUUGCUUGAUCGCCAUCUUCGAGAUCGUUAUCAUUUUGUACCACGUGAGUUUUGUUGUUUGACAGUAUUUCUUUGAAUAUUGUUGCAGAUCUUGUUGUUUCAGGUUUAGUUUUUGAUUUUCUUCAAAAAUGUUUUUGUUUUUCGACUUUUUUAAUUAAAGAUUUUAGGUAACAGUCGCAAUCUGCAAAUACGACAAAGUGGAUGAAGACUACUCGUUCGCCUUCACCCUGGCCAUCUUCAGUUUGUCUUUGGCCGUGAUUGCCAUCAUACUGCUUCUGAUCGGAAUCAAGCGACAUUCUCCUUUCUUCCUGAUCCCACAUCUUCUGAUGCAGGUGAGUGAUUUGAUUAAAGGAUGAUCAGCCCUAAUCGAAUUUGCUUUUCAGUUCACGGUAAUCGCUUCAUGGGCGUUCUUAGUCGGUUACGUAACGCUGCUUCUGGUCGGAGGAACGUCAGUCCGUCUCGAUGUUGUUGUAUAUGAGGAUUCCAAAAAGGGAGAGAUGGGUAAGUUUUUUGAUGGGAAAAAAUUAUUUUUAUACCCAAAAUGACCUUUAGCAUCCAUUUUCGAUAGUACGAGUAAUAAAACAUGAGUAAAAUACUCACAAAUAGAAAAAAAAUAUUAUUAUUUUCAAAUUUCCCGCCAUUUUUGGCAUAAUGUUAUUUUUAAAAUUUUUGUUACGGUACUUAAUGAGUCGUUUCAGGUCUCCAAAAACUGCACAAAUACCCUCCGCUGAAGUCGACCGUGGACUCCAAGAGUCUGAACCUGUUCUUGGUGACCUUGUUGAUAGUGAUGGCAUUGGCCAUCUUCUUCCAAACUUGGUGCUUCCGAGUAGUACUCCGCUGCUUCACGGUGCUCCGUAAAUACUCCGUGGAGAAGUCGACACGCUCCAACUCCCUCGUUGCCAUACCCAUGUCACCUGCCAAACAAAAAGUGUAG